CAGUGAGUGUGUUGAAAUAAUGAAAACAGGCUGCAUGUAGUGAGGCAAAUUACUUCUAUUUUAUUUUACUUGGAAAUGUACUUAUAUGUGGGUUAUAAAAUGAAAUUGUAAUUGAUGCUAAAAUGUUUCUGCCCGUAAUCUGAUUGAUCAUUUUUUAGCCAGACUUUGAGCUGUCGGAGUCGUAUCAGCUCACAGUUUUUCAGCGUUAGGUAAUCAUAAUCAUCUCAAUUUUCUACACAUUUAACCAAUUUGCUGACACAGAUGUUCCCACUGAGGCUUUUAUACAGCGCAUGUGGAAUUGGGUUAAAGGUUCUCGGGACAAUAUAAUGUGUACUAUGAACUCUAAUCAAUGAUCGUGUGAAGAAAUCGCCUGUAAUCAGCACAAUGGCGACCUCGCGCAGCACCAGCAACCUUCCUGCCGAAACCAUGGCAACGAGAUGGACAGUGUGGAGCCAGAACCUUAGUCAGAAUCAGAAUCAGAAACAGAGUUGGGAACUGAAUAAGAAUCGGUAAUGGAAACAGAAUCAGACUUGGAAUUGGAAUUGGAAUCAGAGUGAAUGAGAAACAGAAUCAGUGUAAUGAUCACACUCAGAAUCAGAAUCACAAUGGGAAUAAGAAUCAGGAACAGAAUCUGAACCAAAAUCCGAAUAAAAAUCAGGAACAGAAUCUGAACCAAAAUCCGAAUAAAAAUCAGGAACAGAAUCUGAAUCAAAAUCCAAAUAAGAAUCAGCAACAGAAUCAGAAUCGUAAUAAGAAUCGGAAACGGAAUCAGAAUAAUAAUCGCACUCACAAUUGGAAACAGAAUCGGAACUGAAUCGGAAAUGGAAUCAGAAUAAGAAUCGUAAUGGGAACAGAGUUUGAAUCGGAAUCAGAAUCAAAAUUGAAAUGGGAAACAGAAUCAGAAUAAUAAUCACACUCGGAAUUGGAAUUGGAAUAAGAAUCGUUAAAGGAAGCAGAAUGGGAAUCUGAAUAAGAAUCAGAAGCGGAAACAGAAACAGAAUCAGAAUCGGAAACUGAAUAAGAAUCCUAACGGGAACAGAACGGGAAUUAGAAUCAGAAUCGGAAUCAGAAUCAAAGUUGAAAUCGGAAACAGAAUCAGAUUAAUAAUCACACUCGGAAUUGGAAAUGGAAUUGGAAACAGAAUCAGAAUCGUUAAAGGAAACAGUAUCAGAAUCGGAAUGGCAAUCAAAAAAAUAGUACAAUAUAAUAAAUAAUAAGAAUCAAAAUAUGUGUCACAACACAUGCUGCGCUUUUUUUUUUUUAUUAUUGCUGUUGCUCCUGUAAAGUGACACUUUCAAGGAGUCAAAUAAAGUAAAAUAAUAAAAUAAAUAAAUAAUAAGAAAUUAAAUUAAAACAAAAAUACUGCAAAAGGUAUUCAUACUUUGCAGGGGUUGGUUACAUUAAAUCGUACGUUGACCACGUUAAGAGUGACCAACGCUCAGGACCACACUCCUGUGUCGAUCUGUGUUACACUGCAUUUGUGUUGAGGUGUGACGUUGAGGAUGAACUCUACUUCUCUACAUGGACUUAAACAUGAAUACACAGACGGCGUUAUCUGUGUGCAGAUAUCGAUAUCUGUGGGUAAGCUUCUGUCAAAAGGUGAAGCACAGGAUUAUCUCUCGCUGAUGAAGCAACGUCUCUGCGAGGAUAAAGGAAAAGAAAGUGCUCUUUGUGUGAUGCAGUUUCUCCUGACUUAUCUCCUGGCCCUGUUCUCUCUGUCUAUUUCCCUCUGGGAUUGUGUGUUUUCCAGAUACAGCUGCUCAGCGAAGGCACCAUGGAUCUGAUCUCGGACCCAGAUUCGUGGCAGAACGGCAGCUUCCCGUUCAACGAGACGGCCGACAACUCCAGCGUCGUUAACGUGCUCGCUGUGUCGCUGCAGAUGGACACAACCAUCAACAUCCUUUUAGUAGUCACCUUGUGCCUCGUCAUGGUUUCACUGGGAUGCACGAUGGAGGUGUCCAAGAUCAAGGGUCACAUAGUUAAACCUAAAGGGGUUGCCAUCGCGGUUCUGGCCCAGUAUGGCAUCAUGCCUCUCAUGGCCUUUUGCUUGGCCAAGGCGUUCCAGCUGACUGAAAUAAUGGCCGUGUCGGUUCUGAUCUGCGGCUGCUGUCCUGGAGGAACUCUCUCCAACGUCCUGGCUCUGGGUCUGCAGGGGGACAUGAACCUCAGCAUUGUGAUGACUUCCUGCUCCACGCUGCUGGCUCUGGGCAUGAUGCCUCUGCUGCUCUUCCUCUACUGCAAGGGCUUCCCCAACCUGCAGAACGCCGUGCCUUACGCCAACAUCAUGAUCUCGCUGGUCAUGAUCCUGGUACCCUGCGGCAUCGGCAUCCUCAUCAACCACUUCAGGCCGCAGUACGCCAAGAUCAUCAAGAAGGUAGGCCUCGCCCUGAUAGCGAUAUCUUUCCUGGUGAUUGCCAUCAUUAUGAUCAUUUGGGCGAGAGACGACUUCCUAAGCAUAAUGUCUCCUUCUCUCUUGGCCAUCGCCGCCCUCAUGCCCGUCAUCGGCUUCGCCUUCGGCUACAUCAUCUCCUCCGUCUUCAGGCUCAGCCAGCGAGAGCGGAGGACGGUCGCUGUGGAGACCGGGUGCCAGAACACGCAGCUGUGCGCCACCAUAUUGAAGCUGGCCUUCCCCCCGGAACUGAUGGGGCCCAUGUUCAUGUUCCCCGUCGGGUACGCGGUCCUACAGCUGGUGGAGGGGCUGCUGCUCAUCGUUUUGUUCAGGUGUUACAAAAGGUUCACGAAGAAAGAAAACGAGAUCUAUCACCAUCCAGCCUCCACUGAGGACAAGCUGAGAGAUGCCUCUACAGGGAACGCAUGAGAGUCGGACCUCCAACCAUAUUUCAUUUCUUCUAAACGUGAACUCAGACCCGAGAGGCUUCAGAGCCCCUCGAUAUAAUCAGGUAUAUCAGAUAUAGACAGGGGUGUAACUGCAGGGAACAUAUUUAGUCAUUUCUCCUGAACUGUGCGGCAUUCGUUCCAUUACAAAAACAAAAUUCAUUUUUUUUUUAUUUAAAAUGGAUUUAUUGGUUAAGUCUAUUGUCUUCCUACACCAUACAAACAUCCACAUCCAUGUAUGUGUUUUUUCUUCCUUUUUCUUUGUUUAAAAUCACUGAAAAUAAAAUCCUCAUGUACAAAAAUGUGUUUUUUUCCAAACUCCUGUCAACACAUUCAUCAACAUCAGUCACAGUACCAACAAGUAUUCUUGGAAUUACAUUUAAAUGCAAUCUGUACACAAACCCUUUAAUCAUACAAAAAGAAAACAAAAAUAAAAAAACAAACAAACAAACAAA